UGAUGGUAAUGUUGCUGAAUAUAGUCGCUCGCAGUCACCUGAAUGCCGAUUCUCAAUCGGAUUGUAAUCACGUGGUCAAAACUCAGUGAUGAUGUUUUGGCUAAUGGACAUUUCUUGAAGAGCGAACUUUGCAAUUUUUGGCAUUUCUGUAAUUAUUAUUACAGUGUUACACAUUGGAAACAUCUCUUCGUAGCCUAAAUUUUUCUAAAUGUUUCUAUGGUUCGCGUUUCUUUUGGCGGUGAGUAUAUUCCAGUGGCGAGGACCAUCAGUGUGUGUUGUUGUUGUCGACAGGUGGGACGGGUAUGCGUGGGUCGGACUGCAGUGGAAUCAGUCCAUGCUGCAGUGGGAGGGCACCUGCAACGAGCUGGCCCUCUCCAAUACAUCACUAGCACUGUUCCAAGAUGGCGACUCCUCAAGUUGGAGCGGAGACCAGUGUUUUGUAAUCCGGAAGUCCGAUUUUGUGUUGGAUGGCCACAACUGUGACCACACCCAUUCGUUCAUAUGCGAGAGAAAAGCAAAUGCCGAAGUGUCAUUUAACAUGGAGAAUACCACCGAGUACAUGGCAGAAGAUGACAGGUCUAAGAUUCCCCAUCAGUGUGAGCCCGUAGUCCAGGCCGACGGUGAGGGAGAACAGACUUCUGAGAAGGAACAAACCACGCAAAUGACGUCAGUUCCAUCAGAGAGUAUAGAGACUUCGUCGCCAGCAAACGACAAUGCUGUAGGUACAGACGAGACCUCUUCGCCAGCAACCGACCUUCAGAGUACAGAUGAGACCUCUUCGCCAGCAAACGACAAUGCUGUGGGUACAGACGAGACCUCUUCGCCAGCAAACGACCUUCAGAGUACAGAUGAGACCUCUUCGCCAGCAAACGACACUGCUGUGGGUACAGACGAGACCUCUUCGCCAGCAAACGACAAUGCUGUGGGUACAGACGAGACCUAUUCGCCAGCAAACGACCUUCAGAGUACAGACGAGACCUCUUCGCCAGCAAACGACAAUGCUGUGGGUUCAGACGAGACCUCUUCGCCAGCAAACGACAAUGCUGUGGGUACAGACGAGACCUCUUCGCCAGCAAACGACCUUCAGAGUACAGAUGAGACCUCUUCGCCAGCAAACGACAACCACGGGAGAACAGACGACAUCUCAGACAGUUCAGAGACCACUUCUCAUGAGAACCGGGUAUGCAGAUUAUACAAUGUCACUGAUAUGAGUGCGGAGGAGCUGAGUGCCAUCCUGGCAGCUAUUGCCAAAGCGCUAACCUUGGAGAAGAAGAAACUCUCCAGAAGUAUUCGGAUGAAGAUCAGUGCCCCGGACCACAGGGCUUCAUCCACAAGUAUUGGCUACGUAGCUGUCUUCAUCAUUACCAUUCCAGUUUUCCUUAUCCUCGUGUUAGAUACCCCCCGAGCUGUUCGGCAGGUCAAAUAUGUCUUCGUCGGUCUCAAAAACCCAGGCAGACUAACCCAACCUGUUUGACGUGUUUAAAAGAGGGAACAUGUGUUAUCUGUGGCCGGUUGUAUUUUGCAUAUUCUUAUGGAGAGAUAUCUCACUCUAACUCUUACAAACGAGUGUAUUAUACCGCAAAUGAGCUUAAUCCUAAUCUAAGUACAACGAGCCCUAUGAGCUAUCAACAAUUGGCGUAACGAUUAUGGUGUAAAUGUGAGUGAGUGAGUGAGUUGGUUUUAACGCCGCUUUUAACAGUAUUCGAGUUAUAUCGCGGCGUGUCAGCUUAAUGUGGGAGGAAAGACCGAAGU